GGCUGAAUAUUGUUAUGGAGACAAUGUAGAGUAUCAGUCAUGCAACUCUCAGGAAUGUCCUUUAGGUUCUGUGGAUUUUAGAACAUACCAGUGCAUCUCCCAGGUCACUUCUCCUGAUAGGAAAAACACAACUUGGCUGCCAUUUGUUGAUGGUGAUGCUCCAUGUACACUGUACUGUAGAAACCAACAAGGGGCCAUACAGAAGUUUCUGGACACUGUGGCAGAUGGGACCCAUUGUGAUCAUGGUGACCAGUUUGGUGUGUGCAUCAGUGGCAUCUGUCAGCCUGUAGGAUGUGACCAUUUGCUUGGUUCGUUAAAAGCAGAAGACAAGUGCCUGGUGUGUGGAGGAGAUGGAGGGACCUGCAACACUGAGUCUGGAUCAACACUGGGUCAGACACUUGAAUUUAAUAAGAAAACACAGAUUACCACAUUUCCAUUAGGUGCUUCUAAAAUAGUAAUCAAACAGCAUUCAUUAUCAGCAUCAUCAGGAAAAGUAGUUUUCACAAACCACAGAAAAAGACAUGCUGUUGAUUUUGCUGGAACUCAUUUCCACUACAAUGUCAUAGCUAAUGGAGUGAAGUUUUCAGCACGUGGACCUUUGAAUGACACCUUACAUUUAAUGUUCACUAACAUGAGAUCUGCCAGUCACAACCCAUAUGUGGAAUUUGAAUUCUCUGUACCAAAGGCAGGAUUCACAACAAAAAGUUUGCAACACCGUUAUGAAUGGGUGUUUGGGAGCUGGACAUCCUGUUCUGAAAAAUGUGGUACUGGCUACCAGUUGCGGGCUGUCAGCUGCAUAGACCAAGAGACAGGAAGGGCAGCAAGUCCUGAACUGUGUUCACAGCAGGAGGCACCUGAUAGAAACCAGACGUGUACUGGGAAAGCGUGUGACACAUUAACAUCACAUGAGUACAAAUGGAUUGAGGGAAACUGGGGAGAGUGCAGUGUGGACUGUGGCCUUGGAGAGCAAUCUCAAACUAUGCUCUGUAUCAAAACAGACACAUUUGGAAACUCAGAUUAUGUUCUUGAUGAUGUGUGUCUGCAACAUGUUGGAGCCCCACCAGUUGUGAAGCGGGCUUGCUACGGAGAAGGGGAUAAUUGCCCUUACUGGGCAGCUGGAAGCUGGAGUGAGUGCAGCGCAUCAUGUGGUCUUGGCAGUCAGACUAGAAACAUUUAUUGUCAGCAAGAUCCAACCGACGCUACACAAGAUCCUGUCGUAGUGAAUGAGUCUCAUUGUGUGCAUGAAAACAGACCUCAGCAAGUGCAGAACUGUUCCCAACAUCUCUGUGCUGGUGAAACAGACAGCACAAUAAAGUUGUCUGGGGUUCUGGAAGAGGACAGCGGAUCUGUGGAAAAUUGCAAAACCUCAGUUUAUGGUUGCUGCCCUGAUGACAUAACACCAGCAAUGGGUCCCAAUCACUUUGGAUGCAAACACAAAGUGACUGCUGAAAGUAUGUGUGGGCAACCAAAAGAUGCAGGGACUUGUGUCGACUACAUUGUGCGCUGGUAUUUUGAUGUCAGCUCUGGAACUUGUCAUCAGUUUUGGUAUGGCAGCUGUGGGGGUAACUCUAACAGGUUUUCUACCAAAGAAGAAUGUGAAGAUAACUGUGUUAAUGGCAGACAAUCAGGGCCUGGUACACAACCUGCUACGACUUCAGUAAGCUGUGAAGAUUCCAAAUAUGGCUGCUGCCCAAAUAAGCAAUCUGCAGCAGAAGGACCUAAUAACACAGGAUGUACAGACACUUGUGAG